GGGAGAGUCAUCCAGCCCUGGGCACCUUAAGCUGGUACAAUUGGGAUAUUGACACCUUGGAUUGUUAUUAUUUCAUACUUUUACACUUCCUUACCAGCUCUUCCUCAUGGCUUAUACUUACUGCUAGGAUAAAGCUAUUCCUAGAUCCUCUACAAACUCUGGAUUUCUCAUCAAACUUUUCUCGUUGACUUGAAAUGUGCCACCAUCAUUGAUCACCGCCCAGAUACCGUCAUUGAAGUUUGCAGCUGUUUGCAUCAUCGUGCUCUCCUCACCCAUCAACGUUGCAGUCGAUUCCUACUGCAUAGCGUUAUCCGUCACAGCGGCCUGAUACCCCACACCUUGUGUCUGCAUCUUCUUUUGCUUCAACAACUUUCAGCGUUCUCUGCCUGUCAUGGACGGCGAUGUGGUGGCUCAGUUCACUGAAAUUACCGGCUCCAAGCCGGAGCUCGCAAUUCAGUACCUGCAGCUUGCUGAUUUCAACAUCGAGCAGGCUAUGCAGCUUUACUUCGAAAAUGGAGGAGCCCCGCUAACUGAAGACCAUGUGCCAUCAACUUCGGCACCUCAGCCACCUCCCCGCGCUAGGGGAUUUGAAGAUGAUUCCGGGGUUGUACAUAUCGACUCAGACGACGACAUCACGGUAGAUGAGUCCCGCUCCUCCGCCCGCAACCAGCCGUCGCACGGUGCUCACUUUGAAGAUGAUGCGGCCAUGGCUCGUCGACUCCAGGAGGAAAUGUACAGAGGCGGGGACGCCGAAGAAGAAGUGCGCGCACCGAUGGCCCGCACCACAGAGACUUUGGUGGGUCCAGGAGCGGACUUUGACGACGGUGAUAUGCAUGCCAGCAUCUUGGGCCAGCUGCGCGCCCGGCAACAACGACACAAUCGUCCCGGCAUCUUCAACCAGAGAGAUACGGCAUCGAUAUGGCAAGGGGAGGAUGAAGCGUCACAACGUGAGCAACUGGCAGCAGCGACUGGUGGAGCCUCUGAAGCCUCAAGUAAACAAAACAUGCUGGCUGAGAUGUAUCGCCCGCCGUUUGAGAUCAUGUCUCGGCUUCCCUGGGACUCCGCCCGACAGGAAGGGCGCGAGAACGAGAAGUGGUUGCUGGUCAACAUUCAGGAUUCUUCUAUUUUUGACUGCCAGGUGCUAAACCGGGACUUGUGGAAAGACCCUGGAGUACGAGAUACCGUCAAGGAACACUUCGUCUUUCUUCAAUACUCUAAAGACGAUCCACGUGCCGCACCCUAUUUGCAGUAUUAUUUUCAAGCCAGCGACGUAUCGGACAAUUACCCUCACAUAGCAAUUAUCGAUCCUCGGACGGGGGAACAGAUGAAGGUCUGGUCUGGUCCUCCAGUCAUGAGGGCUGCCGAGUUCUUGAUGCAACUCCACGAAUUCUUGGACCGUUAUAGUCUCAAACAUAACGUGCGAAACCCCGUGGCUAAGCGCAAGCCAGAACAGAAGGAGAAGAGUAUCGAUGCCAUGACUGAGGAGGAAAUGAUGGAGAUGGCUAUGAGGAACAGCCUCGGUGAACAGGCGACCCAAGUUCCGAAAUUGGAGGAUCCCGAUGAGCUUACCCGCAGUACCGGAGAUGUCAAAGGCAAGGGGAGAGCAAUUGAUGUGGAAGAUGAUCAUAUGGACGAAGAGGAGCAAGGCGAGCAUAGUGCAUUCGCUGCCAUCCCAGACAACCAACCCCACACCGAGCCACCGGCCGACCCUGCCACAACCACGCGCAUUCAGUUCCGUCACCCGUCUGGAAGGGUCAUUCGCCGCUUCGCUUUGGCAGAUCCGGUUCGGAGGAUCUACGAGUGGCUAAAAGCCGAACCUCCGUUGGCGGACAAACAUGGAGUGGAAUUCGACCUCAAUUCCAUGGGCCGUAACUUGAUCGACUCCUUGGAGACGAGCAUUGAGGAGGCCGGCUUGAAGAACGGAACAGUAAUGAUUGGCUAUGUUGAGAACGAAUGAUUUACAUUAUCGCCGGCGAUCCAUCAUCCAUCAGGUGCUAGAGGCGCCGGGGCUACCUCGACUGGGUCUUAUCGCUCCCAUAGGAAUGGACGUUCCUGGUGAUGAGGAAUUCAAGAUCGAUUAUCGAGUUUGGAAGGAUGGCCCUAUCUAUUCUUGGGGGUUGUAUCCCUUUCGGCCUGGAUGUUGCGAUCUACGAUGGGGGGCUUCUCAUCUGAGAAGCACAUUCAGGGUCUGUUCAUCAGAAGACAAUCUGAGAGGAUAGGAGCACACAUGAGAAGGGGGCACUAUAGAUCCAAGGCAGGAUGCAAUGAGACACAUGAUUUCCAGGAGAUACUUAGAUACAAGCAACGGUGUGGAGAAAACAUCCAGG